AUGCAUGAAUUAGUCUGGGACACUGAUUUAGAAACCAAAGCCGACCAGUGGGCUCAAGCCUGCAAUUUUAAUCAUCCGUCAACUAUAAAAUACGGUCAAAAUCUUAACGCUGUUGAUCCUCCAAUAUCUGCUGAUGAAGCUCUUCAAGGAGCUGUUAGCGAUUGGUGGAAUGAAAAGGACGAAUACCCGGCUAACGUGACCUUCACUUUUGGCAUAAACACUGGGCAUUUUACUCAAGUAAGGUUAAUUAAUAUUCAGUGCUUUUACUUUAAACUUUAAAUACUAAAAAAUACAUUACUUUUUCAAGAUAUAAAUGUUACUGCAGCUUUAUAAAAACAUUAUUUUUAAGGUUGCUUGGGCAGCUACAAGCAAAAUUGGUUGUGCCAUUCAAAACUGUACAAAUGGUCAAGAAUUGUUCGGCGUAGACAAUUGGACUUUCACUGUAUGUGACUAUAUGUCUGCUGGUAACUACUUAAGCCAAGAUAUCUACAAGAGCGGUGAAGCUUGUUCUGCUUGUAACAGUAAAUCGUGCAACGAUGGAUUGUGCAAGGCUUAA